AUGGUCAGACUGUGUACACAUCACCAGAAGCAAUUCAUUCGUGUGCUAAACGACAUAUACACUGAAGUACAACCAGAAGGCCAGCAGUUGUCUGAAUCCGAGAGCAUGGAGGCCUCUACUUGUGGCUCUGGUUGUAGCCAGAGAAGCACUGAAAAUCAGGAUAAGGGUGCUACUUGUACUGAAUCAAAGCUCCCUUCUUCCUUGGACCCGGGACAGUCGGGGUCUGAUGGCCCCCUGCAUGUUACAGGACAAACCCCGAAGCAGUUGGUGGAGCUGAAGUCUCUGGAAAGAGCAGAGAGCUCCAGUCCUGCUUUGAGAAGGGACUUCUCCGAGCUCCCCAUUGCCAGGCUUCGUUCUGCUAGUCCAAAGGAUAGCUCUACCCAAGGAUACCUCAGCACGUUGAACUCUUCCUCUUUGAAUUUCCAUCAUGCCGCAAAGAGCCUGGAAGGGCAGCAAGCUGCUGGGCACGAGCAAGAGGCCAGUGCCAGAAAGUGUGAGGACAAUAAAGAGCAACUAGCAGGUAAGACUCUUGUGGAAGGUUAUAUCUCAGUCAAAGUGGCAAAUGUGAACGGCAGUGAAGACAGCUUAGACGGCUGUCCGGGGUCCCAAAAGAGUUCUUUCAGAGCUCUACCAGAAGAGUCCUGGGAUCCCAGCUUUGCAAUGACCCCCCCUCGCAGAGCCGACAAGGAGAACACUUUGCAGUGCAGCUCAAAAGCAUCUUUGCACCAGGACUUAGACACAAAAGAACAAGACUCGAGACCAAAGCAAGAAAACCACCUGCACGCUGUGGCCAAGGGCAAGGCAGGCUGCCACCUGCUGGCGGCCGACAAGGCCCCUCUCGACAAGUCCAAAGAGGGGUGGCUGCCAGCUGGCGCCGCGCCAGCCGCCCACCGGACCCCCGGCGGGCACCCCCGCACCAGGGCAGCCUCCCUCAGAUCCACGCGGAAGAGCAAGAAGGCGUCAGGGCUGCGGAUCAAUGACUAUGACAACCAGUGCGACGUGGUCUACAUCAGCCAGCCCAUCACCGAGUGCCACUUUGAGAGCCAGCGGUCGGUGUCGUCCCGCAAGACGGCGAGGAAGAGCACGCGAGGGUACUACUUCAACGGGGAGUGCUGCGAGCUCCCGACCGUCCGCACGCUGGUGAAGAGCUCCCAGGCGGAGGAGAGGGGGAGCAGCCCGGCCCUGCGAACAGAGACCCUUGUAAGCACUAAGCCACCCCUGGUGCCCUGGGUGGGGGGGUCUGUGGGAGCAGGACGGGAAGGCGAGAAGAGGGUUUCCCUGAGGCUCCUAGCUAAAGGUGCAUCAGCCCAACGAGAAACAAAAGAGAGAGCUGAGACAAGCUCGGUGCCGCCCCGGAACACCCGGGCGCUGCGGUCAAGGGAAGCCACCAUGCCCAUGCCCUUCUUCUCCCUCUCUGCUCCACCCAGCCCCCAGAAAGAGGACAGCUUGGCUGGCUCGCCACCCCCCCGCCCCCCCCCCGCCAAGGAGGGAGCGGGCAGCGCUAUCCCCUGUGAGACUGGCAGCAGCCUGGGCUCUUCUGGGGAUGGCAGCAGUAGUGGGCAGGCUGGUGAUUUUGCUGUCCUCCCCAUCUCAGAGGCAUAUGGUGGGGAGGAGGGUUGCCCAGGCUCUGACACACAAACUGAUCCUGAAAUCCCAACCAGCCCAGAGCUAAAGUUCCCCUUGCAACCCUCUGCCUCUGCGGACACAGCACCCUUAGCCCAUGAUGGUACAGGGGAUCCUGCCCAGCUUCCAGGCACGGGAGGUUUGGAGCCCCACAGGGUACAUCCAGCAGAGUCUUCCCCAAACUCCCUGGGCCACCAGGCGUCUGAUAUCCCCCAUGCCACUGUGGACGGAGAGAGCCCCCCAGAGCUCCCUUCUGCCUUGCAGUGCCUGGACGUGAACAAAAGCAUCAAUGCUGAACCAGAAGCUGAAUUAUCGGGCAUGGUGAAUGACGGUGCCCUUGAGCAAGAGGAGACUGCUGUGCUGGCCAGCAUAGUGCUCCCCAAAAUCUCAGAAGGGGAGACAGUGCAGAAUAAUAGUCCAGCAGGUGAAAAAGAGCCCAUUGAAGGGGAAAUGCAGCUUGAACCUGACAGCUCAGACACUGCAGCAAAAGACUCUUCCAAGGACAGUCUAGACAAGAAGCGGAAGAAAGGCAGGAGGGUGCUUGUGGCAUCUGACCGGUGUCUCCGAAGCCAGCAAUCCCAGUCACCUGCUGAGAGCAGUGCUGAGGAUGCUGGUUCUUCCAGCUCUGUGCAGCUUCCUUGCCUUGAGAUCAAACUCUCCAAGAGCCCUGGCACUAAACGGUUCAAGAGAGAAGAAGUGCACCUGGACGAGGCAGCAUCCGUGCACUUCCCAAAUGACUGCUUCCCCAAUGUGCUGCUCAAAACCAGCGAGGGGCCGGACACUGGCCAGGAUCCUGAGAGCAUUGCUGAGCAUCAGCCAGGUGAGGAGAAUGGUGUCACUACCAGACAAGCCUACAAAAGUAUCUUAGCAAAAGAGACUGCAGCAGAGGGAGAAAAUUCCUCUAAAGGUGAUCCCUCCACUAACAGCAGCCGAAGUCAACCAGGUGAAAUGCUGGAAAUUGGCAUCCAAGACAAUUCUGAGAAGAAAGGCAGUCUCCUCCCUCCAGAGACCAGCAUGCCUGCAAAUGAUGCCAAGCAAGUGGAUAUGAAACUAGGUGAUGCCAGCACAAAGGAUAAGGAGAGCUCUGACAGUGCUAUGGACAUGGGCAAGCUGGAGAGCUAUGAACUGGUGGCCAAUUCACCUCUGUGUCCCAGCAGCAGAGGCGGAAGCAGGCAUCUUCCAGCAAAGGCUGCCAAGCAUAAAAAAGUUGCCCUGCAAUUUUAUAACUUAAGACAUGCACCUGCACCUGUUGACACUGCAAAAAAGAGCACGCCAGGGAAGGAGUCUAUGCAAGCGAUACCCAAACUGAGGGAAGAAAGCAUUUCAGGGAAUGACGACUCCCUGGCAUUGGAGGACUUAGACAUGGCUGACAGCAAACCAAAGUUUAUGGAAUGGUGUGCCGAAGAGGAGAAUCAGGAGCUCAUUGCUGAGUUCAACACCCAGUACAUGAAAGUUCAGAAAGGCUGGAUCCAGCUGGAGAAGGAGGUGCAGCCAACCCCCAAGGUAAAGAACAAAGCCGACAAACUGAAAGAGAUUUGGAAAAGCAAGAAAAGAACACGGAAAAGUAGAGGCUCGCUGGAAGUGCAGAAGCUUUCUCCUGUACAGAUGCUCUUUAUGAAGGCCUUUAAGCUGUCCGACAUCUGCCAGUGGUUUCUGGAGACAACUGAAACCAGGUCUCUAGUGAUCGUGAAGAAACUCAACACCCGUCUCCCAGGGGAGAUCCCCCCCAUCAAACUCCCCAUGCAGAAAUAUUCUUCCUCCAGUCUCUACCCCAGCUCACUGCAAGCCGAACGUUUGAAAAAACACCUCAAGAAGUUCGCUGCCACUACCCCAGCUCGGAAUAACCUGAAGAACCAAAAGCUUUGGGCCAAAAUUCGGGAGAACACUGAUAAAGCAGAGGCUGAAGAAGCCACCACUCCCAGCCAGACAUCUCCCACUGACUCUGACACCGAGGACCUGAGAGAAGACAAAACCAUUCAGCCUGCCCCCAGCUUGCCCACACAGGCCAGCACCAGGAUCCUGCGCAAGUACUCCAACCUGCGGGGCAAGCUGCGAGCCCAGCACCGUGUGGUGAAGGCAGAGAAGAAGAGUGGGCCUGGGGGACCACCUGCCCCUGCAUUGAUGUCUCCAAAGUUGGCCUUGCAGAUCAAAGCAGAUGCCUUCCCUGCUAAAUCUCCAUCAGUAGAUGGGAUGGGAAAGGGGCGGAAGAGCAAGAGCAGGUCCCAGGAGGACAACUCACCCAAAGCUGACCUCCAGCUCAGCAGAAAGAAGAGGACGCUGAGGGAGAGUGGGAGCACCCAGGAGCGGUCCAGCUCCUCCACCAAGGACAAGCUGCCUGCCAAGAAGGCCAGUAAAAUAAAGCAUUUGGAGGGCAGUGUGAAAGCUCCUGCCACCCGAAAGCAGGCUGCUGUGGAGAGGAGCAAUAAGCUGGCUAGAAAAAUAUCUUUAAAAGAGAAGAGGGUCACAAAAAGGCAGCUGGAGAAGGUGCGACUCCCCAUACGGAAGGGCAAAGAGAACACGAGCAGACGGGCUGUCCUGCCCCCCGGCCACGAGGAGCUCGCCAAGUCCCUGAAGCAGAAGCCCCUGGGGGAGUCCUCCACACGGUCGCAGAAGAUGGCCAACAAGAAGCCCAGCAGUGGGAAGACCCUGACAAGGUCCAUGAAGAAGAUGCAGGAGAGCAGUGGGCAGGGCAAGAGGAAACUGAGGGCAAAAGUGGACUGUUCACACAGCAAACGCUCGCGACUGGACCUGAAAUAG